GUCAAAUGCCCUCUUGGGCGGCUAGUCGGAUGGCAUCAGACUGGUUGUGAGCCGGAGAUCAUGGGCAUGGGUCCCGUCAGCGCCAUCAAGGGCUUGCUCAAAAAGAUCUCUUGGACACUUGAGGACGUGGAUCUUUUCGAACUCAACGAAGCAUUCGCUGCUCAGUCGGUGGCUGUAAGUUGA